AUGGUUCCGGAGCUGUUUGCGCGUGCAGGAUACGAGGCGGUCACGCUGGAUCUGCAACACGGCAUGUUCGAUUUCGAAGCGGCCGUCGAUUCCCUCGGGCUGAUCGCACUGGGCGGGGCGCACCGGAUUGCCCGCAUUCCGGUCGCGGACAAUGCGCUUGCUGGCCGUCUAAUCGACAUGGGGGCGGAAUGCAUUAUCGCCCCGAUGAUCAAUUCCAGGGAAGAGGCAGAGCAGUUUGCCCGGGCAAUGAAGUACCCGCCAAUGGGCGAGCGGAGCUGGUCACCACGCCGUGCCGCAAUGCUUUCCGGUCAGACCGAUCACGAGUAUCUGACGAACUCAAAUUCCCAGACGCUUGCCCUUGCCAUGAUCGAAACGCAGGAGGCGAUCGAGGCACUUGACGAUAUCCUGUCUGUGCCGGAGCUGGAUGGUAUCUUUGUCGGCCCAAGCGAUCUGUCGCUGUCACUUUCGAAGGGAACUGCCCUCGAUCCGAACGGGCCGGAGACCGCCCGCGCCUGUGCUGAUAUUGCCAGCAAAGCUAAGGCAGCCGGCAAGAUCGCCGGGAUAUUCUGUCUCAGUGCCGAAAAGGUUGAAGAGGCUGUCGCGCAAGGUUACAGGCUGUUGUCCUACGGGAUCGACACCGUCUUUAUCGACGGGGCCGCACGCACCGCUCUUGGUGAAACCGCCUGGACGAAGGACAAGGCUGGCACCGGGAUCGGCUACUGA